AUGGGAUUUGAUUUGGCUGGGAUACACUCUGCCAGAGAAUUUGUUUGGUGGUAUAAUGGGCACCCAGACUGCGGAAAUCUGGCUCCAAACUUAAAGAGCACCGAUACGGCUGUUAUUCUUGGUCAGGGCAAUGUAGCUCUUGAUGUUGCGCGCAUCCUUUUACGACCAACGAUGGAAUUGGCAACAACUGAUAUUGCCUUCCAUGCUUUGGCUGCUCUGGAGGAGAGCUCUGUUAGGUCUAUGAUCCACCCUCUUGAUACCAAACGCAUCUCUUUGGCUAGGUCAUUAAUAUAUUGUGUUCAAAUACAUAAAUAUGAUUGUAAGAAAGUGUAUUUGGUUGGAAGCCGUGGACCAGUACAAGCGGCCUGUACUACAAAAGAGCUGCGUGAAGUUUUAGGUAACUCUGACAUCGAGUCAUCUGUGCAAGAUGAUUGGUCUUAUAAUCCAAUUACUCUUUCAUACCUUGUGGCAUGA